CGGGAUGGAGAAACGUAAAAUCAUAUAAAACUUUUCCGCGGUGCGCGCCGUCUGACUCGCUUCAAUUCUUCUUGUCUAAUUGGAUAGUCUCGGACACGGCUCGAUCGUCGCUUCUGCUUAUUUUUAAGUUGUACAAGUUUCCUCUUCAAGUUGACUGUGGCGAAAAGUGAACUGUUGCGGUUUUCGCCGGCCGCUUUUAUAAUAGUGUGGACGUUCUAAGUGUUGUGUUCACUUGCUUUGUUUUUAUUUGCUCGAGUGGUGGCUGGCGGUGGCCCGCGCUGGUGGUGGGAAUCGAUACUGCGGUGGGAGCGGCGAAGAUAGUUGGAGAGACAUGUUGUGGCGGACACCGAGGACGAGGGCGGGUUGAUCCACAUCUCCACAUGCCGACAGAGCUCUGCAGUCAGCAGAAAGAUGUCCUAAUAUGGGUUGGUCAUGCGUCGUGGCACGCGCUGUGGCUAUCUUCCUCAUGCUCAGCCGAGCGUCAGCACUCACAUCAGACAUAUUUGCAGCGGGGAAGUCGGACAAAGAGAUACUGGACAACCUUCUGAAAAACUCCCGCUAUGACAAAAGACUGUUGCCACCAGUAGAUGAUCCAGAAUUCUGUUGUGGUCUAACUUCGCCCAACGACUCUCUGGCACAAAAUAAUGUGGGGCUCUCGUCUCUGCGGCCUCGCUCGCACAAUCGUGGUGUCCUCACCGUAAAUGUAAGCGUACUACUUCUUAGCUUAGCCUCUCCGGAUGAAUCUAGUCUUAAAUACGAAGUGGAAUUCUUACUUCAGCAGCAGUGGUACGACCCUCGACUGCGCUAUUCCAACCAGUCUCAUUACGACUUCCUAAACGCCAUCCAUCAUCACGAAGACAUCUGGUUGCCGGAUACGUAUUUCAUCAUGCACGGUGACUUUAAGGACCCGAUUAUACCAAUGCAUUUCGCUUUGCGUAUAUAUCGCAAUGGUACUAUAAACUACUUGAUGCGGCGGCAUCUCAUCCUGUCUUGUCAGGGGCGGCUCAACAUCUUUCCUUUUGAUGACCCAUUGUGUUCAUUUGCCUUAGAAAGUAUAUCGUACGAGCAGUCAGCCAUAACUUACGUGUGGAAGAACGACGAGGACACGCUACGCAAGUCGCCGUCGCUAACGACACUCAAUGCGUACCUCAUCCAGAACCAAACCAUUCCCUGCCCUAUCAAAGCCAGUUGGAGAGGUAACUACAGCUGUCUAAAGGUCGACUUAAUAUUUACUAGAGACCGAGCGUUCUACUUUACUACAGUAUUUAUCCCUGGAAUAAUUCUGGUGACUUCCUCCUUCAUCACGUUCUGGCUGGAAUGGAACGCAGUACCAGCCCGUUCCAUGAUAGGUAAUUACAGCUGUCUCAAAGUGGAUCUUAUCUUCACGCGGGAUAGAUCAUUUUACUUCACCACAGUUUUCAUUCCGGGGAUCAUUUUGGUGACUUCAUCGUUUAUUACUUUUUGGCUGGAAUGGAAUGCAGUGCCUGCUAGAGUAAUGAUAGGUGUAACAACAAUGUUGAAUUUUUUCACUACAUCGAACGGAUUCAGAUCGACACUGCCGGUCGUGUCGAACCUGACGGCGAUGAACGUGUGGGACGGCGUGUGCAUGUGUUUUAUCUAUGCGUCGUUACUAGAGUUCGUGUGCGUCAACUACGUGGGGAGGAAGCGACCCCUACACAAUGUCGUCUACCGACCCGGAGAGAAUCCGGUCACACAGGGAGAUAAAAAGCGUGAGUCAACAGGAGGAGCUGACCUAGUGUCGUGCACAGCGUGUACAGGCCCGGGUGCCUGCACUCACACCGCCAACAAUGGCGGAGUGUCGGAGCCAUGUUUCGUCCAGGUUCGCAAAAAAGAACCGCCGCACCCGAUCCGCGUGGCGAAGACGAUCGACGUGAUCGCGCGGAUCACGUUCCCCACUGCCUACGCCGUGUUUCUCAUCUUCUUCUUCAUUCACUAUAAGGCGUUCUCUUAAUGCUGCCUCCACUUACCGCUGUCGCUGGCCGCUUCGUGUGAACGGACAUUUACUGUGUUUUCUACUAUUCUUUACUGCGACACAAAUAUGUAUGAGAUUAAGCUACUCACUCUAUUAUUAUACAUAUUUGAUGAUUGUCAACGGUCGAUAAGAAUUGUGAUUAUACCCGUUUAUAGUGAUCGUACUGUUAAGGUAAUUAUAGUUUAAGAGACUUGAAGCAGGAAGCUAACGUCGCGGCUUUCCAUAAUUUGACGUCAAUCAAUUGAGGAGUGCGAUUUUUCUACAGGUUUUGAAAUAGUUUUCUACGAGUUCAUUGACGGACGUUUAUAAUGUAAUUAUCUACGCGUAGAUUUACUUUCUUGUGAAUACACGAAAACUUAUGAUAGGAUAAAGAGGGAUCAACUUAUGUAAUUGUAUGAAAAUUCUUGUAUCAACGUGAUUCGGACAUCGGAUUUUGUAUGAAUUUAGAGAGAUGAUCUAGUGGAGUUUAUAAGGGGAGCUGCCUUCAAUGUGCAGGAAACAAGAAAUCUAUUUCAAACCUAAAGACAGACCUAGCGUAUUUAUUGCUUUUAAGUUAUUAUUAUAUUAGUAAGAUAGCAAAAGACAUGAUUACUUUUUAUAUUUAUUAUUAGAAGAUAGUCACCAUAGAGAAUAGUUUGUCCAAACCAACACCUACAUAUGUUGUGAUAAUUAUAAUAAUGUUUACUUAUUGCUUUGUAAAGGUGAGACGUAGAAUAUGAUCGCCGUAUCAUUUGAAGUAAAGUGAUUAAGUUUCGAAAUAAUUAUAAUUCGGAGUAUUGUAAAAAUAGCUGUAGAUGCAUAGAUGAAGCUCAAGUCAUUAUUAUCUUUAAAUUCUAAUAUAAAUGUAUUGUACCAAUGAGUUCACGCUAUUCCAAACGAGAGCACGUUGGUGUAUGCCGACUGUGUUGAUAUUGUACCAUGAACAUGCCUUCUACAUGUGAAAGAAUUAUUUUUGCCUGAUAUAAUAUUAGUGGUUAAUACAGAAAUUGAUAACGCCGGCUGUAAAUAAUAAUGGAAUAAAGUUACACCUAUCAAUACGUAAGGAAGUACCCUAAUGGAAUAUUAUAUUGUAACGAGAUACGUGUGUAAAGUAUCGAGAAUAUUGUGCUGUGAGACCAUACCGUCACUUUAUUUGUUGCGUAAGUAUUCACACGUUAAGGUAUUUGUAAUAUGAAUAAUAUUGUCCUCUAUCAUCACACCCUAGGUAUUAUGUAGUGUCCACAAUGCUAGAAGCCGUUUAAGUAAAAAUAUAUCUAUUAAUUAACGAUAACUUUGUCCAAUACCGCAACGCGCUUUAGUUCCCGAAUCUGUAUAUCUGUAGGAUGCAUAUUUCGAUUAUGUAACUUAAAUACAGUUUGUUCAAAAACAAUAGCACGGUUUGAAGGAAAAGUAAGUUUGUUUCACGUAACUUCAGUAAAACAUUUGAUUAAUAAACUUGACGUUUAAUUAAACACCAUUGAAAUUAUGCCUUUUGCUUAUAAAUAAGUGGACCAAGGAGUCAACUGUUUUGAAACAUAGAUUUUAUAUCUAAAUUAUUAUAAAACAAUAAAUUAUAAGAAAGGGCAUUUUGGCUGUGCUUUGAAAUCAAAUUAUAAUAUUGAAAAAUGUAGGGAUGCCUGAUGAAGUAAUUGAAUAUGUAAUAUUAUUAUUUCAUUUUCUUUCGACUCAUUGUAACGGGUGGUCAAAUGCUGAGUACCUGCGAUUGAAUUAAAAAUUUAAAACAACGCUUUCGGCUGUGCGUAAUGCAUCGAUCAAUUUCUUUUGGGAAACGUGGGGUGUCCAUACAAUGUAUAUUAUAAUAAAGCUUGGAUGCCUUAUGUACCUAUAAUUAAGUGUUAUUACACACUUAUAUAUAUAAUUAAAAACGUGUUAUAUAACGCAGUCAAGUACUUAUGAAAAGAGUCAAUAUUUGACAAAUAUCAGUUGCAAUAAUAAAUAUCAAUUAACGGCACAUUACCUACUAUUUAUUAUCUGUGCAA